UUUCAGAUUUCAGCAAGUGGAUUUUAGAUUGAUACCAUCUUCAGGUUACUGCUGCUUAGAUUGGAAGUUGUAUUUGGUAUCCAUUUAAAAUGGGGAUCUCUGAUACGGUACGUAGCCUUUUUCCCUGUAUCAAGUCACACUCCGCAAGUGAUGGUGAUGAUUCUACCCAUAAUGUCGAGUUUGCUGGUGGAAAUGUGUGCCUUAUUACUACAAAAGAAAGUUGGGAUCAGAAGUUGGCAGAAGCAAAGAAAGAGGGCAAAAUUGUUAUUGCGAAUUUCAGUGCUUCAUGGUGUGGUCCAUGUAGAAUGAUUUCUCCGUUCUACUGUGAGCUGUCUGAGAAAUAUCUUUCUCUGAUGUUUCUAACAGUCGAUGUUGAUGAGCUUACGGAAUUUAGUUCAUCCUGGGAUAUCAAAGCAACACCAACCUUCUUUUUCCUCAAGGAAGGGGAGCAGAUUGACAAACUCGUAGGAGCCAAUAAACCAGAGCUCCAGAAGAAGAUAACCGCAAUAGCAGACACACAGGUAGCAUGCGAGACACAACCACAAUAAUCGCAGUUUGAGGUGGGAAUUGUCUCAAAAAAUCCCUGCUUUCCAGUUUUUGUCAAGAAACUCUGGUCUCCAUUAGGUUUUCUCCUUUCUUUGAGUUGCUGCCAUUAUGUUGUACAGUUGUACAUUGAGCCACUACAAAUUUGGGGACAUCUUGUGUGUAUUUAUGUAAAAGAACUGAAGGCAGUCCCAAUAUUCAACCCCCUCCCCCAAUCAACUAAAAAAACAUGAAAAGAAUGAUGUAAUUGGAAUAAAUUAAGGCCUGGUUGUUUGAAUCA